GCGCAGAGCGCGGGGGAAGCCGCUCUGAGAGCUUCCCCGGCGGAGGGACGUGGCUCGGGCGCUGCGUGCGGCUCCGGGCGUCAGGCAGGAGCCGGCGGGGCGCGCACUGGGCGCGGGGCGGUUGUCCGCACCCCGGAAAUCUCGCGGGCGGCCGAGCCCGGCCAAUGGGCGCAGGAGCGAGGAGAGCGGGGUCAUGGACAGCUACUUGCGCCGCCUCAAGCAGGAGCUGAUGUCCAUGAAGGAGGUGGGUGAUGGCUUGCAAGAUCAGAUGAACUGCAUGAUGGGGGCGUUACAAGAACUGAAGCUCCUGCAGGUGCAGACGGCCCUGGAACAGCUGGAGAUCUCUGGAGCAGGGUGUGGCCCAGCCCACCCUGACAGCCCCAGGACACAGCUGGAGCACCUUCCCUGGGAGGGUGGCAGAGGCCCUUCCCGGUCUGCUGUCUGUGCUCCCCCCAUCCACUCUUCUCUUGGUAGUAGCAACACAGCUUCACCCCACAAGACCGCCGGUGGGAGGGAUCCUGCCCCUGAGCCCAGGACACCACUGCUAGAGCACCCAACGUGUGCCCAGCAGGGGCCAGAGCCAGCAGAACCUGAAGACUGGACCUCCACACUGAUGUCCCGGGGUCGUAAUCGACAGCCUCUGGUGUUAGGUGACAAUGUUUUUGCAGACCUGGUGGGCAACUGGCUGGACCUACCAGAAGUAGAGAAGGGUGGGGAGAAGGGUGACACAGGGGAUGAGUUCGAGCCCAAAGCAGAGGGCGCCACUCCCCGGGACCUGGGCCGCAGGUUCACUCUGACAGCAAACAUCUUCAGGAAGUUCCUGCGCAGCGUCCGGCCUGACCGGGACCGGCUGCUAAAGGAGAAACCGGGCUGGGUGACCCCCACUGAGCCCCGAGCUGGACGCUCGCAGAAGGUCAAGAAGCGAAGCCAUCCCAAGGGCUCUGGACACUGCCCCGUGGAGCCCAGAAGAGGGGACUCUCAAUCCACAGGCUGCCCCAAAGCACUGGAGCCCUCACCCUCUGGCUUUGAUAUUAACACAGCUGUUUGGGUCUGAAUCCCAGAAACUGAACAGUUGACUGACUGAAGCCAAAGGGCUGUUCCAGUGCUGGGCCCCUGGGGAGGGAGAAGGGGCAGGCAAGGUUGCCCCUAAGAGAAGGCAGGAACAAGUGUCUGGAGCAGCAUUGUGGCAGGGACUGGCUGAGAGUCCCUGCCCAGAGGGAAAGGGAGAGGGAGAAGGAGUGUGAACUAUACCCACUCAUUUUGGGACUGGAGGUAAUGGGGGGACUCAUAGGGGAGAAGACCUGGAUUUUUAUUUUUACAGAGAUAGAGUGUGCAAGAGAGAAAAAAACCACAACAGGAAGCUUCCUUGAAUGCAGUGGGAGUUGUGCUGGAACCUGCCUGGGACACAUUCAUGGUAAAGCUGCACACAAGUCCAGUGAAGUGUUUUGUCAACUCCGGAAAAUCCUUAUCUUAUUUCUUUUUACCACAGCAGUGGAUGAGUGUAUGUGUGUGGGGGGUGAGGAGUUGGGGGGGGAUGGGGGAAGUAGUUUGAACCUGGGACCUUGGAGCUUCAGGCAUGAGAGUCUUCACAUAACCAUUAUGUUGUCUCCCCAGCCCUCCCAGGAAAUCCUUUUGACAUCCCUUCACAGCCUCCGAAGGCUUCCUUUGAACCACUCCCUCCCGUAUGAAUUAGGGCACCCAGACCCCAGGCUUCAAAUAAAGACUCUGUCUCUGAUGGGCAGGCCCUGUCUCCUGGUGGGCAGGCCCUAAUCUUUCUGGGCACACACACCCUCCUUGGGGUGGUGGGAACAGAGAGAUGAGUCCCCACUCCCCCCUUCCUGUUGCUCCUGAGAUUCCAGUCUGGUUGGGGCCUGAGAAGGUUUUAGAAGGAACACACAUAAUGAGUACUUGGGGAGACCCCAAGUCCCUCCAAAAGAGCAGGAGAGAGUGGGUAAUGUUUGCAACCCUUCCCUUAUCAUGGCUAUAAUCUCGGAUACCACGGCAGCGAGCAAGACAGGUAUUCGUUCUGUACUCCAAAUGAGGAAAUAGCCUGGCUGGAAACAGCAGAAUGGGGUGAAGAGAGGAGCAGAAGGUGACUCUGGGGUCACCCCUUCCCUGGAGGUGUGGAACCCCAACCCAGGACACCAGAGAGGCCACCUGGGAGCCCAUGGUGCACCAAGGAGGAACUGUGUCCAAGUCUCUAGCUCCACCCCGGCUACUGGUUGCAGCUCACUCAUGACCUCCAGCCAGGGCUGAAGCUUCCCCAGAGCAAAGCUGGGCAUGCAGCCCUGGCCCAGCGGCCUGCAGAUGCAGGACCGCCUGGGCAGAGCAGCCCGCCCUCCCACUUUGGGAACGCCCACCAGUGGGAAAAAGACAAUGCAGGUCCCUGUUUGGGUAGAGCCUGCCUGGAGGGUGCCUCUCCUCUCAGUAGCGCCCCCCCCCCCCAUCUUCCCUCUGCCUGAUGGGGUGUGACAGCUGCAAUUAGAGGCAUGACGCCUCCCUGCCUUCAGAGAUUUAGUAGCAAAUUGGUGAAGAGAAACAAGAAAGAGAUUUCCAGCAUGUUGGACCUGAACUCCCCACCACACCCACAGACUCUCACCCGCCCCCCCCCCCGCCCCGGCCCCCGCCCCAGACACGAAGAGGCUUAGCUCCAGCAGUUUCACAGCUGAAGGUGAGGCUGGUCAGGGUACUCACAAAACUGUUAGGUUACCACAUAGGAGAUGUUUAGUUUGUACUGAGUUUUCCUUGCUUGCUGUUUACCAGGCAGUAUGCUCAGCAUGUGCUCUCCAAAUGUCAGAAUGCACCUAGAAGUUGUUUGCCCUCCUGCUAAGUCAAUGGAGGUGGCAAAGGGUCACGGAAGCUGCCCAGAUCAGGAUCUAAGCAACUAAAAGAAGCUGGGUUUGGAUCAGAGAGCUGUUUGUCUCCAACACCCCUGCUUUUUCCUCUCUCCCUCACCCUGGAGUUUGCCAUGAACUAACUUUUCUUGACGAACAAGCACUUGCCCAUUCUCUGUCAUUUCAGCUCAGGGUGACUACCUUUGGUGGUGGUGGCAGUGUGUGUUAGUGAAGAUUUUACAUACUGAUUGACUGAGUCUUGAAACCACUGACUGCUGGGUGGUAGGGAAGCCAUCCAGCAAUUAGCCCAGGAGGUACUGACCCUAAGUUAGGAAUAAUGCUACAGGAAAUCAAGUCACCUCCUGCCCAUUCAUCCGUGACUCAUCUGUUUAUGGGCCAUUUGUAGCUUAGGAUCCGAUGAAUGAAAGUUUAUGAACACCUCCCACUGCCAGGCAUUGUGAUGGGAACUAAGAACAGAGCAAUGAAAAGGACCAGUGCUUGACCUCAGGGAGUCCUGGAGCAAGAAAGAAGCAACUUUUAACCUAUUGGAUCCAAGGGAAUGAAGCUCAUUUGAACUUGGACCAGAGCCAAAUAAUUAGGAAGUGACAUUUCCUGCUAAUAUGAUUCCUGGGUGCUGGGCACUGAUUCUCUUUGCCUUCUUAUUUCCUUCUCACCACACUAUGGAAGUGGCUGCUCUUCUAUUUUACAUGGAUUGGUUGAGAGAAGUUAAAACACCUUAGCCAAGGACAUGAUAGCAGAACUUGGAUUAGAAGAAUCCAACAGACUUAAACUUGUGCUUAUGAGCCAAGGACAUGAUAGAAGAACUUGGAUUAGAAGAAUCCAACAGACUUAAACUUGUGCUUAUGACAUGAUCCCACAAAACUGUCCAGAUCUGCUCCACUGUCAAGGCAAGGGGAACAAGCCCUGUCUCUCCACAUUCCCUGGCUGCACGGAUAAUAAAUGGAAUGCUGACUGUCCAGGGAGGGAUUUUUGCCUGGGUCUUGACAUGGCUGAUGAAAUGCCCCAUCUACUAUGCCAAGUUUUGUUAUUGAAAAGAUGAUGGCCAAUUCAUUUCUCCCCAUCAUUUCCCCUCUUCUGUGUUCCUACUGUCACAAUGAUGGAGACUGUACAGAAGCCAGGGGAAGAGGUGAAUGGGGCUGUCUGGGGCCUGUGUGAGGCAGGGCAGUGUAGAGGAGGGAAGCAGUGUCUGAGGGGGAGGUAGAGAAAAUAAGCAGAGGGAAUCUGACAGCUUAAUUUUGCCUCUGGGGCUUAUUUUAUGGUUAAUUAGGACAUGCAAAUUAGCUGGAAGCUCAUUUAAUACCCUGCCUGACCCCCCCACACACACACACACACACCUGGCCCACUUUUGUGGCAGGUAGAGGGGCCUCUGGUUGGCCUGUGGCCAGUGUGUCAUACAUGCCCUUAAGUAUAAGUGGGAGGAAGAGCCCCUAGUGGAUCUUCUAGUGGAACUCUGGGCUCUGUCCCUCUCUUCAUCUCUUGAGAGAAAGAGAGAGAGAGAGAGUAUGUGUGUGGACAAGGGGUCUCUCUCCCUCAAGUGCUUCCGCUGCACCCCCACUCAGAUUGAACCCUAAACCCAAACUUGUCCAGAGGACAAGAGAGCUGGUUUAAUUCUGUCCCUACUCCCCACUACAUGGCCACCUCCUCCCCAAAGCCCAUCUUUCCCAAGUCACAUUCGUACUGAUUAGGAGGCCUCUGGGAAAGUAAUUAGAGAUUCAGGAGGUGGUAUGGUAGAUGGGGCAUCAGACUCUAAAGCAUGUGAGUUCUAUUCCUGACACUGCAUGUGCCACUGUGAUGCUCUGGUUCUCCUCUUCAUUCUUCUCCCCUUCCUCCUUCCCCUUUCUCAGAAGUAAAUAAAUAUUUUAAAAAGGUUA